AUGGCUGAGGCGGCCCCAGAGGAAAGAGGACUGUGGAACGGAGCUGCUCCCCAGGAUGCCUCUGGCCUCCAGGACAGCUUGUUCUCCUCCAAAAGUGACAACAGCCCGUACUUCACCUACAGCGGCCAGUCCAACACCUUGGAAGUCCAAGAUCUCAGCUACCAGGUGGACAUGGACUCCCAGGUGCCCUGGUUUAAGAAGCUGGCUCAAUUCAAGAUGCCCUGGACAUCUCACAAGGCUUCUUGUGAGCUGGGCAUCCAAAACCUGAGCUUCAAAGUGAGGAGUGGGCAGAUGUUGGCCAUCAUAGGGAGCUCAGGCUGUGGGAGAGCCUCUUUGCUGGACGUGAUCACCGGAAGGGACCAUGGCAGCAAAAUUAAGUCAGGCCAAAUCUGGAUCAACGGGCAGUCCAGCACGCCUCAGCUGGUGAGGAAGUAUGUGGCCCACGUGCGCCAGCACGACCAGCUGCUCCCCAACCUGUGCGAGACCCUGGCUUUUGUUGCCCAGCUACGCCUGCCCAGAACCUUCUCCCAGGCUCAGCGUGACGAAAGGGUGGACGACGUGAUCGCCGAGCUGCGCCUGCGCCAGUGCGCCAACACGCGCGUGGGCAACGCGUACGUGCGGGGCGUGUCGGGGAGCGAGCGGCGCAGGGUCAGCAUCGGGGUGCAGCGCCUGUGGAACCCAGGAAUCCUCAUUCUGGAUGAACCCACCUCCGGGCUCCAUAGCUUCACGGCCCACGAUCUGGUGAAAACCCUGUCCCGGCUGGCCAAAGGCAACCGGUUGGUGCUCAUCUCCCUGCACCAGCCUCGGUCGGACAUCUUCAGGCUGUUUGAUUUGGUCCUCCUGUUGAUGUCCGGCAGCACCAUCUACUUGGGGGCAGCCCAGCACAUGGUGCAGUACUUCACAGCCAUCGGCCACCCCUGUCCUUGCUACAGCAGCCCUGCCGACUUCUUUGUGGACUUGACUAGCAUCGAUAGGCGAAGCAGAGAGCAGGAAGUGGCCACCAGAGAGAAGGCUCAGUCCCUUGUGGCCUUGUUUCGAGAAAAAGUUCGUGGCUUCGAUGACUUUCUGUGGAGAGCAGAGGCGAGGGAGCUGGGUGAGGGCAUUUACCUGGAGAGCCCGGCCCUCCCCCAGGACACUGACCAGCCCCCGACUCCCACGGAGCUGCCCAGCCCUGUGCAGCAGUUUACCAUGCUGAUCCAUCGUCAGAUUUUCAACAACUUCCGAGACCUGCCAACUGUCCUCAUCCAUGGGGCAGAGGCCUGCCUGAUGUCCCUGGUCAUUGGGUUCCUCUAUUACGGCCAUGGGGCCAUCAAGCUCUCCUUCAUGGACACAGCCGCCCUCUUGUUCAUGAUUGGAGCUCUCAUCCCUUUCAACGUGAUCCUGGAUGUCAUUGCCAAAUGUCACUCAGAGAGGGCAAUGCUUUACUAUAGCCCUCUCCACAACCUCUCCACAUCCUCCUUCGGCAACGCUCUCUACAACUCCUUCUACCUCACCGGGGGCUUCAUGAUAAGCUUGGACAACCUGUGGACAGGUAAGGCCUACUCCCCUCCCCUGUGGAUUUCCAAAGUCUCCUUUCUCCGCUGGUGUUUUGAAGGGCUGACGCAGAUUCAAUUUAAAGGGCACAUUUACCACAUGGCCGUUGGCAACUUCACCAUCCCUAUCCCGGGAGACAUAAUCCUCAGUUCCAUGGGCCUGAACUCGCACCCACUCUACGCCAUCUACUUCAUCCUCAUUGGCAUCGGUGGUGGCUUCAUGAUCCUGUACUACGUGGCCCUGAGGUUCAUCAAACAGAAAUCAGAUCAGGACUGGUGAUUCAUGCCCAGGCU